AGUAACUACUUCUUCAAAGCUACAAACACCCUUCUUCCAACGACAAGUACUUCGAAAGAAAAUUUUGACAUCACAAAAAUGAACUCUGCAAUUACUUUAAUGAUGUUGAUAAUCUCUGUCAUUUUUUUGUUACACCCUGACAUGUGUAUGGGAAGUGUAUGGGUCUGUAAACCGUGCAAGGACAAAGCUGAAUGCAACGCUGAGCCAGCUGACGUCUGUAUUUGGGGUGAAGUGCGAAAUGCUUGCGAUAGAAGAAUCUGUGCAAAGGGACCCGGAGAUCGAUGUGGUGGUCCUCUGGAUAUCUUAGGACAAUGCGGUGAAGGUAUGAUGUGCAGCACGAUAGACGACCGCUGCCAUGGUUGCUCUCUUCAGACAUUGCAAUGCUACGGCGGGAAAUAUUAAACUCCACUGUGAUUUUCUAUUAACCUUAAUCAGUAUUAUUUAUUGAACCAGUCGACGAACAUUAUCAAAUUAAUGAAUUCAGCAUAGUUUCCAAUGAUGUGACUAUAAUGUCUGUAAAUGUAUAUAAUUUAUUAUUGAUCUCAAUUAACGCAGACAAAAUAAAAAGAAGGGUACUUUGUACAUUUCGAAAAA